CAGCUGAUUUGUGAGUGCGAGAAAGACUAACCGGAUAAAACAUAGCGGAAUUAAAAAUUGCGUCAAGCAACGGAAUACUUCACCUAGGUGCAUUGUAUCUGGCGUAUUUUCCGUUUAGGUAACCAGCUGUGUCCGACUGCAUAAUCUUUGUUCUAAAUUUUAUCGGAUGUGGCCAUCUGCAUCGGUUGCUACAGUUUCAGUUUGUCGCGGUGUAAACACGUCUGAGGCAGCGUAAUUUUGGAUUUUUUUACAUUUUUGAGGCACUGUUCGCUUGCUACUUUGUCUAAACUGGGAAUUAUUGUAAAAAUAUAGGUCAGAAGAAAUGGUAACAAUUGUAGCCUAGUUAGCUGAGCUCGCUGGGUUUGAACAUGGCAACAAUAUCAACCUACCAGUUAGCAAGCUAAACAUUCAGUCGUAUUUUACGCAGUUUUGGCUAGCUAGCAACGUUUAAUUUACCUGAAGUUAGCUAUGCCUUAGGUGGCUUUUCACAUUUUGGAUAACAACUAGUUUGUUGUAGUUUGCAGCUUUAGUUGCCAUAUUGUUUUUAAAGCGGUUAACUUUGCUAGCAGUAGUAUAGCUAGCGGCAAAUAACCCACUGGACGCCGGGAAAAUAAAACAAUGCGAUGGACCGUUUAAGCACGGAGGCUACGCUUGGCAUUACUUUGUUCCCGAUUACCGAUGUUCACUGGAUCGGUAGUGUUUAAUUCAGUUGACUAACUGACGCCUUUAGCGUUAUGCUUUUUAUUUAUUUAAGUUAGUUAAACUGCUUUAUUUUAAACACUUCGAUGAGUUGCGCUAUUUGCUUCUUCGUAUAUAACUAGCCGACCAACAUGCUAGCUACUAGCUAAACGUUAGAUUGAACAAGCUGGGGGCUCCAAGAAGACGGUGGCUAGUUGGAACUAUUUUAGAUUUUCUGGUCAUUUAUUUUUGUACUGAUGACUUGUUUUAUAUGCACGUUACUUUCGCUACCUCAACAAGUAAGAUAGAUGUGCUAACGUUAACAUAUCGUUAGCGGUGUAAUAUUGGGACGGUCUAUUGUUUACAUUUUUGCGAUGAGCAUGAACUGCUAGCUAAAUGUUUAGCUCGCAAAUGUACAGAAACGUUACGUUAAUCUAGCUAGCUGGCUAUAUAGCUAGCUGGCUAUACCGCUCAUCCGUUUAGCAAAAAUCCCGGUGAAAUGGCAUUCCACAGUGCGAGUAGGCAGUCUGUGUGCGGUAACGUUUUUCCAGGAUCUGAGAUAGGCCAUAAGUAUUUCGGUGUAAACACUUCUGCUGGCGCCACCUCCACCGGCCUCGGUGCCACACCGAACUCGAGUGGGCCUACAGCACCGGCAGGAACCCCCCGCCACCCGUCUGCGCUUGGUGGAAGCACCGGCGGGGGAGCUGCGGUUCCACAGCCCCAUAGCAACCCCGCCAGCGAGGUACCGAGUCCCGCGGAAAUGGAACCUGAUCGGCCAAUUGGCUAUGGAGCUUUUGGUGUGGUUUGGUCUGUGACAGAUCCCAGAGAUGGAAGGAAGGUGGCUUUGAAGAAGAUGCCCAAUGUCUUCCAGAACCUGGUCUCCUGCAAGAGGGUCUUCAGGGAACUUCGAAUGCUGUGCUUCUUCAAACAUGACAAUGUGCUGUCUGCCCUGGACAUCCUGCAGCCACCGCAGAUCGACUGCUUCGAAGAGAUAUAUGUGAUCACGGAGCUGAUGCAGAGCGACCUCCACAAAGUAAUCGUGUCUCCUCAGCCCCUCACUACCGACCACAUCAAGGUCUUUCUGUACCAGAUCCUCAGAGGGCUGAAGUACCUGCACUCUGCUGGCAUUCUGCACAGAGACAUUAAGCCAGGGAACCUCCUCGUCAACAGCAACUGCCUGCUGAAGAUCUGCGAUUUUGGGCUGGCCCGGGUGGAGGAGCCAGACCCCUCUCGCCAUAUGACCCAGGAGGUGGUGACCCAGUACUACCGCGCCCCCGAGGUUCUGAUGGGCAGCCGCCACUACGGCUCGGCCAUCGACGUGUGGUCUGUGGGCUGCAUCUUCGCUGAGCUGCUGGGCCGCAGGAUUCUGUUCCAGGCGCAGAGCCCCAUCCAGCAGCUGGACCUCAUCACAGACCUGCUGGGGACCCCAUCUCUCUCUGCCAUGGCCUCGGCCUGCGAGGGCGCCCGCGCACACAUCCUGAGGGGCCCCCACAAACCGCCCUCGCUGUCUGUUCUGUACAUGCUGUCUGACGGGGCCACUCACGAAGCUGUGCACCUGCUGUGCCGGAUGCUGGUCUUUGAUCCCGUGAAGAGGAUCUCUGGGAGCGAUGCUCUCUCGCACCCGUACCUGGAGGAGGGCCGGCUGCGCUACCACACCUGCAUGUGCCAGUGCUGCUACUCCGUGUCCAGCGGGCGGGUGUACACCCGCGACUUUGAGCCUCCGGCCGAGUGCCCCUUCAGCCACAGCUACGAGCAGAGCCUGCUGUCAGUGUGGCAGGGCAAAGAACUCAUUCACCGCUUCAUCACGGAGCACCAGCAGGGCAAACGCGUGCCACUGUGCAUCAACCCGCAGAGCGCCGCCUUCAAGACCUUCAUCAGGUCCACUGCUUGGCAUUCCUCCAAAGUGUCUCGGAAAGAGGAGAGAUGAAGUAGGGGAAGGCUGCUGGGGAAAACAGACAACCAGGUUCAAAACGGGAGGAUACUGAACCGCGAAGUGGAGUAAUUUCAAAACUGGGAUCACCUGUAAAAUGUCUGACAGGAAAUUAUGUGGUGGAAAUGACAUGCUAACCUCACGAUCAAGGGGGGGGAGGUACAAGGGCACAAAAAAAAAAAAUUUGAACAUGCUGCUGAAACUUAAGCUCCAAAUGUUAGGGAAGUGAAUAACAGAACUUAAAAAAAGAAAGAAAGAAUAACUACUGAUAAAUAUGGUCUAUGAGAAGGGGGAAUCUAGUGAAGGUUUCACCCUUUUAUGUUAAUAUUUUACUGAAGCCAGCUGCAAUAGGACUCACUGACCCGUACUACGUGUGGCAGCGCAGUGUCCUGCUCCGGACGGCUCUACACAAGUAUGGUCCGCAGCUCUAAGUCCCACUGUGUGCUAUUCCAAAAUUGUAUUAAGCAGUAUACUCAGUUACAUAACAAUACAUUGCACUAUAAUAUAGAGCAGUAUAUUGCACCAUAUAUAAGUAUAUUGCACUGCGCUGUAGUGUCUCAUGGUGGCAGUUUAGUACCGGAAACCUUACUGCUGUUAACGGCCCAGGUUUAGGGCACGAAACCAAUGCUGCACACUCAUCAGGUCUGCAUCCGGGCACCGCUGCUACCUGCACACCUGCACCGCUGCGACCUGCACACCUGCCCUGUCCGAUUGGGGGAUCCAGCUGUAGGUUAGUAGGGUUUCAAUGGAAGAUGGAACCCGCGUUCAGAAGCCGUGUUUCCCCGACCCGUAUGUGCGCCAUUUCGGCGAGGACCCCUACGCUUUUUAGAGUUCAGCUUGUGUUGACUCUGGCUACAAAACCAGGAGGUCGCAAGCCAGACUGAUGCUUUUACUCACUAGCUCACGCGUUUUAUUGCGUUUCUGUAAAUUCGCCAAGACGAAUCGGUUUCAUCGUAAUUUCGACGCUUUUCUGAAAGCGGCUCUGUGGCUAUUACUGAAGAUAUUAUUUUACACGUGAUAAACAGCUUUUCCGAAAACGGGACAAAAUGAGUGUUUUGGCUGGGAUCGGACAUUUUGCUGUCUUCCCAGGUUGGUUUACGGUAGACCACUCGAGAAAAUGCAGCAUGGUGAAAUCGGCAUGGUGGAAACACGGCUAUGGGCAAGGAGCAGAGGUGUAGGGCACGUUACUCUGGUCCCCUCACCACAAUAACCCGAAUUGUAAAAUGACACUUCUUUAUGGCAGUUGGUUGUAUUUGAUCGGGGUUCUUUCAUCGUCUGGUGUUCGUGAAUGAUUUCAGUUCACGGACUUGAUUCUAAGUUUGAUUCUGACCGUACUUAUAAUAUUUCUGAAACAUAGUUUCACUUCGGUGAGAAGUCCUCGAACACAAGACCUGAUGUGUUGUGUUGCAUUCGAUGUUUUACCGACCUAAAGUGUAUUGAACUGGGCUUGAACAGCUGUCCACAGUCGCAUGCACUUGCUUGCACGUGCUGUGUACGGGUGUGUGGGGAAGGGCAACGUACAGUGUACAACCGCUGUGAAUUAUAUUUCAAUACCUCAAAACGCAAGGGAUCAAAAAAAUAAAAUAACAGACUGGCCUGUGUAUAAAACCGUACAAUUAUGUACUGUACUGUGACGAUACCAUUCUAGUCUACUGAACUACACUGUACUGUAACCUUAUUAGAUUUUACUGGUAUUCACUCGUCUUUCUGCUCCCUGCACCCCUCGCGUUCGCAGAGGGGGAGAGAGAGGAGCGCGGGAGUCGGAUGAGGGGGACGCUGUGGAGAUUGCUGCUCUUGUGCUUUAUCAUAGGGACUUGAGAGGUGAGGUCACCCAUCUCAGAAUUAGAACCAGGCUUGGCGUGCGGGUACCUGAAUUAUGUUUGUUUGUUUAUUUGUAAAGAACACAAAGUUCAAUGUAGGACUUGAAGUGAUCAGCUCUGGAUCUGCAGAAGCCUGUAUUUAGACGGCGAGAAAAUGGCUGCAAGACCGGUCGCCUUGGGCAGGAAAGAUGCACCGUGAUCAAGAAUGUUUUGCAAAUGUUUCUGCAUGUUUAUUUAUGGAGCAAAAAAUAAAUCUAUUCGACUGCAGUGCAAUGGAAGUUCUGACCUAUGAACCCUUGGGUGAAUAGUGAUCCAGUUUGAAUUAUUUUAGUUUAAUUUUAUUUUUUGUAUUUUUAUUUUAUUUUAUUUUAUUUUUCUGUUUUUUAGAUUUUGUGUCUGUGGAUUGUGACCUUUUUUUGUACCAUUUUGAUAUUCUGUGUUUGGAAGUCAGAGUCUGAGUUGAAGAGAUGGAUGUGUGUCGUUUUGUAGGAUUGUUAUUUUUCUCUUAUUGUGCGUGCGUGUGAGAAUGAAAGGGUACAAUGAGGGGAUAGGAGAGAUGUACAAACUGAAGUCCUGGAGUGGGUGGAACUGUAGAAAAUCUUAGAUGUGAUGGGCAUUUUUUUCUUAUUAAAAAUGUAAUAUUUGUGUUAUAAUGAACAUGAUUCUGAUAAUGAAUAAUAAUGUCUUUGAUAUUUUGUGUUGCCAUUCAAAAAUAAGUUUUGGCUUUUGUUUUUCCGACAAAUACUUGAAUUUCUUAAAAAGAUGAGUGAAGUGGUGAAUAAAUGAUUAGACACUGGACUGGACAAGGUCUUAUUGUGCUCUUUCAUCAGCUGUGUUAGUUGAGCUCCGUUUCCAUCUCUGUUUUUGCUUUAAAGGUCAUAUGAUGCAGACAGUCACCGCCCUGGAAUAUUCUGAAUUGCAUUAAAUGUUUUGCUCUGUGA